ACAACUACUCGAUCCGAGUAAAUUUCCAAUCUCAUAAACCACAGACAUAUUUGACUACAACAACAAAAGUUUGGCAGUGCCAACCAGAACAUUCAAACUAAAGACACCAAGAACAUACACACCUCACAGUCAUCACACGAGAAGCAUGUCUUCCUUCACAGUGACUGAGCCUCACCCAACCGUUCCUCAGGGAUCGUACACUCGUGCUGGUCGCGGCGGUGCUGGUAACUUCUUCCGCGCCCCCGCCACCACACCAGCUUCCGGAGUUCCGACAAUUGCCAAGCCUUUGCCGCCAAGCAGCUCUCGAUUCUACUCGGGCCGCGGUGGUGCGGGAAACGCACACGCCGCUAAGGACCGCAACGCUGUUUCUUUUGAUGAGCAAUUCAAGUUGCAGAGCCACAUCGAGGCACGACCAACUGGUUACGUUGGCCGAGGCGGCGCUGGCAACCAUUACAGCGACAGUUCUGCUACACCAGCCCACCGCAAGGACAGUGAUGCUGCUAGCCACCGCAGCAACAGCAGCUCGGGCAGUGUCAGGUCGGGCUUUCUGCGACGUCUGAGCAGCAUCAGCUCUAAGGGCCCGCACGCAUAAGUGAUACCGUCAACAAUCAAACCUUUUCACUUUUAUUAUUCCAUCUUCACUCAUCAGCAACGGCGCAAUUGGAGUUUUCGGAACCUUGGCAGAAGGGCAGAAGGCACAGAGGGGGCAAAAUGGUUAUGGGGCCUCAGAGCAAUCAACGGGGU